GAUCCACGACAACGUAAUCUCUCGUUAAAUGUAUCAUGUCUGGCCAAGGUUCUGGGCCUUCUGGGCUGCCGUGGGCAAAUAAAGUCUACGGAAAUUGACAACUGCGCGACACGUACCUCUAUUCCUGGUGGGGUCUGCAGAAAGAAACCUCCAAUUUGUGCCAACGUGGAGGCAUUACAUUACAACUUUAUGCAUCCUUGUAGAUCUCAUCACCAAUCAUUUUCUUUACUUUCCGUUUUAUAUAGUCUUCUAUUAAUUAAUAUUUAUAGUAUUUCUUUCCUCCUCGGGACGUGGAACAGAUGCGGAAGCUAAGAAGAGAGAGAAAGCCAACCCGACUUCCGCGGCCCUCCUCUUCUGACGGAACCAACCCCACCACCAUUCCAGCCAUUGAUGAUAGAGAGGAAUUCCUCUCGUGCGAGAGAUCUCUGGAUACCAGGAGAGGGGAAAAGAGCUUCGUUCCAACGACCUCCUCUCCUCAACUACAUCUGUGGUCAAUGCCUUGAGGAAGGGAGAAAGGAGGAAAACAAAGGAAAAAAAAAAAAAAGAAAAAAAGAAGAAGAAGGAAAGCAGAGAGAGGGGGAAGGAGCGAAAAUGCAGAACAAUUUCCUGACCAGCAUUCGUAGUUUAAAGCUGAUCGACGGGUGCAAGGGGACGCAAGUAUACGCCCUCAACCCGUCCUCCUCCGGCAGUGGCGUGGGCGAUAAGAACCACCUCCGGCCAUCCUUCUCCCUCCGAUCCAAAUCCAUCCAGCAGAACCACCACCACCAUCAUUCCUCCUCCCUCGUCUUCGAGAAUCUUCUGCCCUACGGCCUCCCUUCAGCAAACCAGAUCGACCCCCCCAUCGACCCCUUCCUCCGUCCCGUCGAACCCGUCUCCGCCCUCGCCGCCUCCUUUCGCCGCCUCUCUGACGCCACCGACCCCGCCACCCUCUGCGACCUCUACCUCGAGCAGCAUUCCCUCCUCCGGCCCCUCGCCGACCUCAAGCUCCUCCGCCGCUCCCUCCGGUCCGCCCGCAUCCACGCCCCCGACGUCCAUCACCGCCUCGUCCUCUCCGCCUGGCUCCGCUUCGAGCGCCGCGAGGACGAGCUCGACCCCGCUCCUCCCCCACUUGCCUCCUGCUCCGGCACCAGCCCCGCUCUCGAGUGCCCACGCGCCGCCCUCUCCUCCGAACCCCUCCCCCCCGCCUCCCUCUGCCCCUGCCGCCACCACUCCCUCGCAGCCGCCGUCAAAAACUCGAUCGCCGACGAGGAAGAAAGCGAUGUCUGGUUCUGCAUCGGCGACGAGGAGGUGGCUUGCGUGCGGUGCCGCGUGGCCACCCUCUCGAAGCCUCUGUCCACGAUGCUCUACGGUGGCUUCGCGGAGGCCCAGCGCGAGCGCAUCAACUUCACCCACAACGGCAUCUCCACCCGUGGGAUGAAGGCCGUGGAUGUCUACAGCCGCACCGGCAGCCUCGACGACUUCCCCCCCGACACCGUCCUGGAGCUACUCGCCUUCUCCAACAAGUUCUGCUGCGAGGGACUCAAGGCCGCCUGCGACGCCAAGCUCGCCGCACUCGUCCGCUCCACCGACGACGCCCUCCUCCUUGUCGACUACGCCCUCGAGGAGAUCGCCCACCUCCUCGUUGCCGCCUGCCUCCAGGCCUUCCUCCGCGACCUUCCCAAGUCUCUCGCCGAUCCCGACAUCACCGCCGUCCUCUGCACCCCGGAGGGCCGCGAGCGCCUCGCUGCCGCCGGCCACUCCUCUUUCGUCCUCUACUACUUCCUCAGCCAGGUCGCCAUGGAGGAGGACAUGAAGUCCAACACCACCGUCAUGCUGCUCGAGAGAUUGGGCGAAUGCGCCGCCCCCGGGUGGCAAAAGCAGCUAGCUUUGCACCAGUUGGGCUGCAUCAUGCUCGAGAGGGGCGAGUACAAGGACGCCCAGAAGUGGUUCGAGGAGGCCGCCGAGGAGGGGCACGUCUACUCCCUCAUCGGCGUCGCCAGGGCCAAGUUCAAGAGGGGCCACAAGUACACCGCGUACAAGCUCACCAACAGCCUCAUCAAUGAGUAUGAGCCCGCCGGAUGGAUGUACCAGGAGCGCUCGCUGUAUUGCAUUGGGAAGGAGAAGAUGGCAGACCUCAAGACUGCCACCGCACUCGACCCGACACUCUCCUACCCUUACAAGUACCGGGCAAUUGCACUGAUGGAUGAUGACAAGGUUGGUGCGGCCAUUGCGGAGAUCAACAAGAUUCUUGCCUUCAAGGUCUCCGCCGACUGCCUUGAGCUCCGGGCAUGGUUCCUUCUGUCACUCGAGGACUACGAGGGGGCACUGCAGGAUAUAAGGGCUCUCAUGACAUUAGACCCCAACUACAUGAUGUUCCAUGGGAAGGUACAUGGGGAUCAGCUGGUUGAGGCUCUCCGGCAGCGCUUGAAGCAGUGGGAUAUGGCGGAGUGCUGGAUGCGGCUCUAUGACAGGUGGUCUGCAGUGGAUGAUAUUGGUUCUCUUGCUGUUGUUCAUCAGAUGUUGGCAAAAGAGCCUGGCAACAGCAGUUUGCGGUUUCGGCAGUCUCUUCUCCUAUUAAGGUUAAAUUGCCAAAAGGCUGCAAUGCACAGUUUGCGGCUGGCCAGAAAUCAUUCAACCCAUGAGCAUGAAAGGCUGGUCUAUGAAGGAUGGAUUUUAUAUGACACUGGUCACCGUGAAGAAGCAUUGGCCAAGGCUGAAGAGUCCAUUGCCAUCCAGAGAUCAUUUGAAGCAUUUUUCCUAAAAGCUUAUGCUCUGGCUGAUACAAGUCUGGAUACUACAUCUUCAGCAUAUGUUGUUCAACUGCUGGAGCAGGCCAAUAGCUGUGCUUCUGAUAAUCUUCGAAAGGGGCAAGCAUAUAAUAAUAUGGGAAGUAUAUACGUUGACUGUGAUAUGCUGGAUGAAGCUGCAGAAUGUUACUUGAAGGCCCUUGACAUAAAGCACACACGUGCACAUCAGGGUCUGGCACGUGUUUGUUACCUCAAGAAUCAAAAAAAAGCUGCUUAUGAUGAGAUGACAAAGCUGAUUGAAAAGGCAAAAAACAGUGCAUCAGCAUAUGAAAAACGUUCAGAAUAUUGUGAUCGUGACAUGGCAAAGAGUGAUCUUCAUAUGGCAACAAGGUUAGAUCCAAUGAGGACUUACCCUUACAGAUACAGGGCUGCAGUUCUGAUGGAUGACCACAAGGAAGAGGAAGCGAUUGCUGAGCUCUCAUGUGCUAUAGCUUUCAAGCCAGACCUCCAGCUUCUACACCUCCGUGCAGCAUUCUUUGACUCAAUGGGGAAUGCAGAAGCCACAAUCCGGGAUUGUGAGGCAGCACUUUGCCUUGACCCCACCCAUAGUGAUACUGUUGAUCUCUACAACAAAGCUUGCGGACGAGCUGAUCCACCGAGUAAGUAGAUUGUGCCAUUGUUGCCUGUGCUCGAGUUUCGAGAGCUGAGAAUGUGGCUUCAGUUGCAUGCUCUUAGCAAAGAGGCUAAGGAUGAAGGAUACUUAAGAAGAGCAGUGCCAAGGCAAUGAAAGCAGUAUGUAUAUAUCAAUACAGGAGUUGUGAAAUUUUUGAGGGUAAGACAGCAUUGGGCGCACUGUUUGGAAGACCAGUGCUGUGAAAGUGUAUGUCAAUUUGACUGACGGCUGCAGCAAAACUGAUGAUCUUUUCUUGAGGUUCAUCUAUGUAUUCUCUCAAUGAUCGUUUUUUUCCUCAAAACUUGAUUGAUGAAACAAAUUUUCCACGAGCAAGAGAGGCCAAAUGAAUAAUUUUCCUUUGCAUGUGUCUGUUUACAGUCAUCUGAAAAUUAUUAUCGGUCCCGUGCACCCAUAAAUUGGAGAGGACCAUUUUUA